CCUCACUGAUCUCUUAGCUGGACCCAUGCUUGUCAUGCCCUCAUUUGUAAGUAUUGUACACCCUGACACGAGAGUGAUAAUCGCUCUGAUUGUCGCUCCACUCUGCGCUCCAAGCCCAGGCUUUCAGCCCAGCAUCAUGCGGAUGUUACUGGAUAGCGGUUGGAUGAAGUUCGGACCAGCGGGCAGAGAUAGUCUUGACUGGGUCCCUGGGUCUGGGCCGUCGCCGCUCCCCUCUCUCGACAAACAUGCUCAGGGUGACCACUGGAAUGAGUUGACCCCCAGUGAGGACAUCAUGAGCAAAGAGUUCAUCCUUUAUGUUGUCGUAGCAACAACCUCUCUCCUUUUCAUCAGCCUCGUUGGCUUCCUGGUCUACAGGAGAUGCUCUACCAGCAAAUUGGCUCUGACCAACGUCAUCACCCUGGACCUGGAGGAGCUCCAAGAUCUGCAGGACCUCCAGGACCCAGAGAGCAGCACUGACUUCCUGUCCUCACUGGCCUUGUACAGAGACCAGAUCCCCAGCUGCAGCUCUGAGACAGACAUGACUGACGGAGUCUUCCUCAUGGUCUACCUGCCAACACCCUAUGAGGAGACCCUCACUAAGUUAGCCCGGGCUGCUAGCAUCCGAAGCUCCAGAGGUGUGGAUCGAUCUGCUAGUGUCCGAAGCUCCAGAGGUGUGGAUCGAUCUGCUAGUGUCCGAAGCUCCAGAGGUGUUGAUCAAGCUGAAGGCACUAGAACCUCCAGAGGUUUGAAUCGAGCUGCCACUGUCAGAAACUCGAGAGAUGUGGAUCCCCCUAAGAUAGACCGAUCUGCCUCCGUCAGAAGCUCCAGAGGUGCGGCUCGAGCUACCAGCAUCAAUAGCGCCAAAGGCGUCGAUCCACCUGCUGGUCAAGGGAGAACAGAUGAAACCCGGACAGAUGGAGACUCAGUGAAGGAACAGUCCACGGACUAAGGGCAGGAUUCAAUUGGAUAGCUCCUUUCUGGCAAUGCACCAUUUUAAGCUAAUGUUAACGCGGUCACAGAUAUCGCAUUCAACGCAGAUCUUCCGCAGUCCGGAUUGAAUCCUGGCCAAUAUCAAAAUAACAAUAUUUGUUUGUGAGAGGACGAAGGAGCAUGCAUCUCUUGAUCUUCAUUCCUUAAUUUCUUGCUGCCAGGAGCUGAAACCAUAGAGCAGCUUCUCUUUGUGAUUGUAAAAUGUACCUUUGUAGCCUGGUGGAACAAUCUGUUUGUGCUCUUGCUAACUCCUCUCUGUAUUCCUUCAUUGUCAUACUAAACAUGUAUGGCAUGACCGAAGAGUUGGCAACAGCACAUACAGUAUGAGACCAGGGUUUCUCCUAGGCUAUGUGUCGUACAGCAUAUUGUGCAGUUUUUCAUGAUAUAGUGUUAAGCAAUGCAUGGAGGUCACUGGUCAGAAUUACUCAGAAUAAGCCGAUCAAGAUGGUACUGUUUAACACCUGUCUGAGGAGCUUUUGAUAGUUGCAGAACUGUCUAUAAAGCUAUUUCUUGUGCCAUCUGGUCAUGUUUAAAAAAGGAAAGAACAUCUUGCUAUUCUUAUUUAUAGUUUUAUUAAUAUAUCAUAAGACUUAUUUCUAAUGUAAUUACUCCCUUCCUGGACUGCACAUAGUAAGCUGUAUAGCUAUAUAUAGAAUAAUCUUGAUCAAGUAAAAUGAAAUACCAAAUGUAAAUAUGAGUGGUCUAUUUGAGAUAUUUCUUUAAAUAUUUGUCAUUAACUGAAGAAAAGUGAUAUUUGAUAGUCCAAAUACAUAUCAAGUACCAUGUACAAUUAAUUGUAAACACAUUAAAGU